GUGGAAAAAUGAGUGAAACUUACGAGUUUGCGAUAUUAUGAUAUUGAAAUUAUAGUGACACAGUUAUCGAAAACGUUUGUUCGUAUCAGUGUCAUCGAGAAAACUAUGGACGAUCAUGAUAUUAUGUGACAUUAUAGUCAAAACGAUGACUUGUAAACAACAAUCCACUGCAUAUAUUGUCGCGCAGUAGACAACAUAAUCAAGAGUGAAUGUUUUGUGUGUUUUAAACCUAUGUACACAUAUUUUCUAGCUUAUGCUUAUCCUGCAUUUAAAAUCUCUACGACGCUCGCAUACACCUUGAUUGAUUGAAAUUGUUUCGAUUAUCCGAUACAUUUAUGUUGUCAAUAUAUAUCACCACCUCAUUCUUUUGUUUAACAUAAAAUGAAAAUGAAAAUGAUGAAAAUGAAUUCAUUACUUUUAGCCUCAGACAUCAUCACAGCCAGAACAAAUUAUCGAAGAGGCAAAACCUCUUGAACAACAGCCAAUAGUUGCAGAACAAGAAAAACCACAAGUCAUAAAAGAAGAAGAAAAGUCCAUUGACGUUGUAGAGGAUCAAAAACAAAAAGUCCCCGAAUCGCCUAAAAAAGACGUUCCCGUACACGAAGUAAACGAAGAUGAUACGGUGACAUUGACUGUCGAUCGUCCAAAAGGCAAAGAUGUUGCUGUUAUUUUACUGAAAGACGGCGAGAGAUUAGAACAAAAUGAUCAUAUUAAAAUAACGUCAAAAUCACCUACAACCACCGAGAUAACAAUAUUAAAAUCGAAGCCACAGAGUGAUGAGGGCGACUAUUCCGUUAUUAUAAAUGAUAGUGAGCAACCAUUGAUGCGUCUCGUUGUACAUCCGAAACCUGUUCAACAUCAAACCAUGGAUUUGCCCAAAACGUUGUUGUCUAAUUCAAUAAAUACAUCACACCCAAUAACCAGAGAAAAAAGAUUAUUUUCAACGAAACAAACACACACUAUGAGAACACGUCUUAAACCAUUUAACAAAUGA